GCAGAUCACAGCAGUCGAUCAGCUGACCGUGAGUGUGAAGCCUCUGGAAAUGAAUAUCACAUCAUAAGACUGAUCCUUUAGAAAUUAUUUACUUGAAACUACCAAAUAAUCGUUUUGUCAGCUCGUUUACACUCAUAUCAGACUCUACAUUUCCUGCUCAUCAGCAGCCAUGACGGAGUUCUGGUUGAUUUCUGCUCCAGGAGAGAAAACCUGCCAGCAGACAUGGGACAAACUAAUGACGGCCACCACUCGCACCAACAACCUCUCCACCAACAACAAGUUCAACAUUCCUGAUCUCAAGGUCGGAACACUAGAUGUGUUAGUGGGGCUUUCCGACGAUCUCGCCAAACUGGACUCUUUUGUUGAGAGUGUGGUGAAGAAGGUCGCUCAGUACAUGACCGAUGUGUUGGAGGACAGCCGAGACAAAGUCCAGGAGAACCUGCUCGCUAACGGAGUUGAUCUGGUCACCUACGUCACACGAUUCCAAUGGGAUAUGGCCAAAUACCCCAUUAAACAAUCACUGAAGAACAUUUCUGAGAUCAUAUCAAAGCAAGUAUCACAGAUUGAUAAUGACCUGAAGGCUCGAGCGUCAGCGUACAACAACCUGAAGGGAAACUUGCAAAAUCUGGAGAGGAAGAACGCAGGGAGUCUGCUCACCAGGAGUCUGGCUGAUAUUGUCAAGAAAGACGACUUUGUGCUGGAUUCUGAGUAUCUCGUCACUAUGCUGGUGGUGGUCCCAAAAACGAAUUAUGCAGACUGGCAGCGCACUUACGAGACGCUCUCUGAAAUGGUGGUGCCGCGAUCCACAAAUCUGCUGUUUGAGGAUCAUGACAGCGGCCUGUUUUCUGUCACACUCUUCAGAAAGGCCAUCGAUGACUUCAGACACAAGGCCAGAGAGAACAAGUUCACGGUGCGAGACUUCCAGUACAACGAAGAGGAACUGAAAGCGGAUAAAGAGGAGAUGACACGACUCUCUACCGACAAGAAAAAGCAGUUUGGGCCACUCGUCCGAUGGCUUAAAGUCAACUUCAGCGAGGCGUUCAUUGCUUGGAUCCACAUCAAGGCUCUGAGGGUCUUUGUGGAGUCGGUGUUGAGAUAUGGAUUGCCGGUGAACUUCCAAGCGAUGCUGCUACAGCCCAACAAGAAGAAUAUGAAGAAACUGAGGGAAGUACUGUACGAUCUUUAUAAGCACCUGGACAGCAGCGCGGCCGCCAUUAUCGACCAAUCUGCCAUGGAUAUUCCUGGCUUGAACCUCAGCCAGCAGGAGUAUUAUCCAUACGUAUACUACAAAAUCGACUGCAACCUGCUCGACUUCAAAUAGAAGAGUCGUUCUCAAUCGCUUCCUCCAUCCUUUUGUUCUGUCUCUGUGAAUAAAUCUUAAGUUAAAUUGAUCUGUAUAUUGCUGAGCUCUUUCUCUGGUUGUAGUCGCCCCUCGUGUGUAUGCUCAUUUAAACAUACUUCUCUAAUGCCUUUCAAUCAAUGAAGGUCUGAGAGUAUCUUUAACUGCUGUCUCUAGUGUUUUGUUUACAUUUUUUGUAAAGAAUGUCAUUGUGUUAUUGUUAUACGUGCAAGUAAAUGAAAUGGUGCAUUUUUAAGACAUGUUUUGUGACGUACUGUAGUAGUUUCAUCUGAUGUUAGUGAUAGAUGUAGUGUCAACUGUGUUUAUCUCUUAUUCUUUUAAAAGCACCAGUGGUCCAUUCAAACAAACAAAAUGAGAGAAAAACGGUGUUACAAAGAUGCAAUAUAAAUGUGAUGUUAUGUACAUUUGGUGUAUGUGCACAAUUACUGUAUAUCAUGGAACCAACAUAUUCAUUAAUAUGAGUAUACAAAACUGUGUAGCAUUGUUUUUUCUCGUUUAUUAGAUGAGACUGGUUCUUAGCUGGAGAACCAUUAACAAAAAAAACACCGGAACUGAAAUUUUUACGACUUUCGGUUCUAUUAACGGUUCUUCAACGUGCAUUGCUUGAAAGACUUAAAAGUUAACACAGCGUCUUAAAAAAGUGUUGCAGCAGUCGACGCAUGUAGACCAGUGCAGACGGACGUAGUACGUUUCCUGUGUGAACGGCCCCUUAAUACUAA